AUGCGGAACGCCGAAAUUGCCUCUCCGUCGUUUCUUUUCGACUUCACAAAAAUUAUCCUCAACGACUCAAAACUGAAUAUCAACCUACAGGAAGCAUAUCUUCGAAUGCAAGCCAAUGCGCCCACUGAUGAUCUAGAAUUACCAUUAGCAAAAGAGCCUCAAUUCAUUGAGUUGUCAAAGAGGUGA